AUGUCUUCGUCAUUCAGCUUUCCUCACCCGACGACUACGAUCGAUGAUCUUGAAGAUCUCUACAAGGUGUAUGGGGUCGAUCUCUCCAUCGUUCUCGAUUUGGCUGGCGCGUCUGAGACUCCCGAAACCGUUCGGGGAGGGUAUUGCGGAGCCAAUCUUUCUUUCUUUCAAUUUUACGGUCUUACCUUCCCAAUUCCGGAGUCUGUGCUCGAGAUUCUGGUGGAGCUUGAUUUAUCAUUUACUCAAUUCCUCCCAAAUUUUCUUAGGCACCUUAUAGCAUUCUUGGUUAGGGCUAGGGAGGAAGGUCUUUCCUUCGGUCUUGGUGACUUUCGACACCUUGUUUUGGUGAAGCGAAACAAGCAGAGUCCUGGUACCUUCCUCGUGUCUCCGCGCCCGGGUCGCCAUGUCAUUGAGUACGUCCCCUAUUGCGAUGAGAAGUGGCACGAGCAGUUUUUCGUUUUUAAGGUGGAUCGAGCGUCUGUGGCUCCUUCUGGAAGUUCUUUGAUGUCAGACGAGAUUCAUGGUCUGAUCGGAGUCCUUCGGAGAGGUCGUUCGCACUGGUCAUCGUUUGACCGGACCCGGAUCCGAGCUGCUUUUCCCAUACCGGAAGGGACUAAUAGUGCCCCAUUGGUUGUAGGGGGUUCUGAGGAUGAGACGGAACACUCUCGGGAAGUCAUUGCGACUCCUUCCGUUCAAGCUCAGUCUUCAGACCGAUUGGUUAGGCAGCUCGUGAGGAGGUCGUCGUUUCGUGCUUUUGGGUCAGCAUCGAGGAGCCGAGCUUCUAAUAGACCUCCUUUGGUCUCGAUUCAGGACUCCUACGAUGAAGGUGCUUCCGAGGAGAGAUGGUCUCCUAUCUCGUUGAGCCUUGGUUCGGAAGAUGAGGCCGUUGCUGCGACCCGUAAGCGACGUCGAUCGUCGAAGGCCGCCUUACCCGGUCCAUCCCGUUCUAGGCUUGUUUCUGAAGGCGACGGUUCUUUGUUUGCGGCCCAAGGCAAAUUGAUCUCUCUCGCCGGUCGCAUGAGAUCUGCGGGAUGCCGUCUCCCGUCCCUUGUUUCUUCGGAUGAGAAGGAAGCUUACGCCAAGGUUGCGGUCGUGAGCCCUAAGGUAAUGGAAGCCUUCAACGAGUACGUUAUGGUGAUGGAGGAUCGCGUCGAGGCUUCCCGGAAUGACAAGGAGAUCGAGAGCAUUGGUUCCUAA